UCCCUGUGAGUGCGCAUGCGCGGGGCGGCGGUAAACAUGGCGGCCGUUAGCUCCGUGUCGCGGCUCCAGGAUUUACCUUCAGACCCGCUGCUGCACGUGCUGUCCUACCUGAGCUUCAGAGACCUGCUCAGUUGCAGUCACGUGUGCAGACGUCUGAAUGACCUGAGCAAACACAAUCCUCUGUGGAAGAGACUCUGUCACCAGCACUGGCUCCUCAAAGAGUCAGACCGUGCUCAGAGCGCCCUCUCCUGGUACGACCUGUUCGUGCAGACGUACUCAGACCUGGGUCGGUACGUGGACGUUUACGCUGAGCUCAAACACACGUGGGACCAACUCACCGCCUUCCUCCAGCUCAAGUGUCCUCGCAUCAUCGCCUCGCUCAAAGAGGGAGCCACAGAGUCAGAGCUGGACGCCGUGGAGGCUCAGAUCGAACUCAAACUCCCAAACGACUAUCGCUGCAGCUGCAGGAUCCACAACGGACAGAAGCUCGUCAUCCCAGGGCUGAUGGGCAGCAUGUCUCUGUCCAAUCACUAUCGCUCGGAGGUUCUUCUGGACGUGGAGACGGCGGCCGGAGGGUUUCAGACUCGUCCAGGGAUGAAGCUCUGUCUCCCUCUGACCUUCUGCUUCCACACGGGACUGUCCCAGUACCUGAGUCUGGACCACGAGGAGGGACGGACCCGAGGGGAGGUGUUCUACCCCUGCCCGAACCAGAGAGCCUCAGACCCUUCAGCCAUCGACAUGUUCAUCACAGGUUCUAGUUUCUCGUCCUGGUUCUCGUCGUACGUGCAGAACGUCGUGAGCGGAGAGUUUCCCAUCAUCAGAGACCAAAUCUUCAGGUACGUUCAUGAAAAAGGCUGUGUGGCGACGACGGAUGACAUCACCGUUUCCGUGUCGACGUCGUUCCUCCCGGAGCUUUCCUCAGUCCAUCCCCCGCACUACUUCUUCACCUACAGGAUCAGGAUAGAGAUGUCUGCGUGUGCUCCUGCGUCUGCGUCCUGUCAGCUCGACUCCAGAUACUGGAAGAUCACCACCUCAGACGGAAACGUGGAGGAAGUCCAAGGCCCGGGGGUCGUCGGUGAGUUCCCGGUGAUGACUCCAGGUAAAGUCCAUGAGUACGCCUCCUGCACCACCUUCUCCACCCCCUCAGAAUACAUGGAGGGACACUACACCUUCCACCGGCUGGCGAACAAAGAGGAGGUGUUCCAGGUGGCCAUCCCACGCUUCCACAUGGAGUGUCCCCCGUUCAGAAGACCACCGACCAAACAGAAACACGAGGAAGAGGAGGAGGAGGUGAACGGCUCUUCUCCCUCGUGGUGGCACAACAUCUAACACAACAACACACACACAGACUCAGCUGCUCGGGCGGUGGAGGCUGGUGGACGUUGGUGGACGUUGGUGGACGUUGGUGGACGUUGGUGGACGUUGGUGGAGGCUGGUGGACGUUGGUGGACGUUGGUGUUGAAGCCCCAAAGGAAAAAGCUGAACUCUUUAAAUGAGUUAAAUCAGAGUUGAUGAAACUGAA